AUGACCUCCAGAGACCUAACCUUGGGGAUCUUUUUUCUGUCCCAGAUUGUGCUAGGAAUGCUGGGGAACUCAGCCUUGCUUUGUUGUUUUAUCAUCGCUGACUUCACUGGGGUCAGGACAAGGCCUAUAGACCUAAUUGUUAAACACCUGACCUGGGCCAACAUCAUGGUUGUUCUCUGCAAAGGAAUCCCUCAGACAAUGACUGCAUUUGGUCAUACAUAUUUUCUAGACGAUAUUACAUGUAAACUUGUCUUUUAUUUGCAUAGAGUUUGCAGGGGAUUUUCCCUUGGUUGCACAUGUCUGUUGAGUGUCUUUCAGGCCAUCACUAUUAGCCUCAACAAUUCCAAGUCAGCACAGUUCAAAGCCAGAGCUCCCAAAAUCAUUAGUUCUUCUCUGGUCCUGUGCUGGUCCCUGUGCCUACUUGUAAAUACCUUCAUGAUCCUAACAGUGACUGACAUGAAAGAUAAAAGAAAUCUUACUGAAUUUAGACAAUUGGUGUACUGUUCAGCAGUAAAGAAUUUCAAACACAUUCACACAGUAUAUGCAAUCAUAUUGGCCUUCAGUGAUGCUAUAUGUUUGGGACUCAUGGUGUGUACCAGUGGAUCCAUGGUGUUGUUCUUAGUCAAGCAUAAGCAGAAGGUCCAGUAUAUUCACAGAUCCUUGGCUACUAAGUCAUUUAAUGAGACCAAAGCCACACAAAGUAUUUGUAUGCUAGUGAGCAGUUUUGUAGUUCUUUAUGGAACUUCUUUCAUCUUAAUGAUGUAUUUUUCUUUCCAGGAUGGAACAGAUACAUGGCUGGUCAGUGUCAAUGUGGCCAUGAGUGCAUGCUUUCCAGCACUCUGCCCCUUUCUGCUCACCAGAAACUAUACUAGGGUUUUUAAGCUCUGCAGUAUUUAG